CGAGGAGGAAGUGAGGACAAAUGAAACAACGCUGAUAAACAGGCCAGGCCAGACGAGGAGAAGCUACGUUUAUGCGCGUUUAGACUCAGUUACUCACUGAUGCGAAUGAUAAACGCGUCUCUAAGCUCAGCUAACUUUACUUCAGAUAAUAGGUUAAAAUCGGCGCUGCUUUCGCCAUUGGGUUGGUAUAGUUGAGGUCGGACGAGGGGAAAGGGGAGAAUAUGUAGGAGUCAUUUCUCUCUUCCUGCCCUGCUCCUCCACUUGCCUCCGAGCGAGGAGAAACUGAAACUGCAUUGGUAACGGAUUGAUCUGACAGCGGCUCGGUCAGUUCAUCGACGAUGGCGGAUAGCGUUGGGGAGGAGGCCAACGGGUCUGUGCAGGGCCACGGGGCGCAGCUGUCCUCGAGUUUGGGUAAUUCCGUACCGGGCCACUCAUCAGCCUCGCCGCCUCCGGCAGACACAGGCCUGGUCGUGCCCUCAGUCCCCGUGAUGGCCGUUCCUCCGUCUCUGCCGACCGGUAUCGUGUCGGGGGUCCCGGCCGGAGCGGGCCUCCUGUCCCAAAUUCACGCCACCUCCUGGGAUCCCACGCUGAGCACCGACUGGGACAACGAGAAGGCGUCUCCGCAGUGCAUUCUCCGGAUAAAAAGAGACAUUAUGUCCAUUUAUAAAGAACCUCCUCCAGGUAUGUUUGUGGUUCCUGAUCCUCAUGACAUGACCAAGAUUCACGCCCUCAUCACUGGCCCCUUCGACACACCAUAUGAGGGCGGCUUCUUCCUCUUCCUGUUCCGCUGUCCUCCCGACUAUCCCAUUCACCCUCCACGUGUCAAACUGAUCACUACCGGGCACAACACAGUUCGAUUCAACCCCAACUUCUAUCGCAACGGCAAAGUUUGCCUCAGCAUCCUUGGCACUUGGACUGGUCCAGCGUGGAGUCCCGCCCAGAGCAUCUCCUCCGUUCUCAUCUCCAUACAGUCCCUAAUGACAGAGAACCCUUACCACAAUGAGCCAGGCUUUGAGCAGGAAAGGCAUCCAGGUGACAGCAAAAACUAUAACGAGUGUAUCCGCCACGAGACCAUGCGAGUUUCAGUGUGUGAUAUGCUAGAGGGCAAAGUGCCGUGUCCUGAGGCCUUGUGGAGCGUGAUGGAGAAAUCCUUCCUGGAGUACUAUGAUUUCUAUGAGGGGGUCUGCAAAGAACGUCUGCAUCUCCAAGGACAGAACAUGCAGGAUCCUUUUGGAGAGAAAAGAGGUCGUUUUGACUACCAGGGUCUGUUGACCCGUCUCAGAGCCAUCCAGAGGCGAUUGCGGGAAAAGUGCCCGCCAGAGGACAACGAUGGUGACUCUGACUCCGACACCAGCUCAUCCGGCACCGAUCCGGACAGUCAGGGCAGCUCACAGCCUUAGAGUGCCCUCUAUUGGGGUGCGAAGCGAGCAAGGUUAGACCAUUCCCCUUUACCUGCAGCUCCGGACUCCUCUCAAGGGAGCACAGAUGUAAAGAGUGCUGAAAAACCUGGCGAUUCUACUGACAGAGGACCAAGUGUCUGUCUCAUCCGAUUGGUUCAUAUUUUUCCUCUUGCUCCUUGUGUGCUGGCCAAUGACUGCCUUUAGUUUUUCUGUUUGUUUUUUGUUUUUUUGCCCCUCAUGGAGAAGAGG